UCCAACGGAAGUAACGAUCGAUGAAGUCAUUUUUCUGUCAUUAUUGUAGGCGUUAGCGGGGUUUCUGUGGGAUCACAGUCCUAUUCAUAUUAUUUGUGCACAAUAUCUCACAGCAUCAGGUGACUGACUGGAAACAUCAUGAAGUAUAUUGAGAACACAGCUCUCCGUGAGUGGGUCAAGGAAGAACUUCGAGUCUCCAUAUUCCAAAUGGCUCACAAGCUGUCUGUACAAACCGGUUGUGAAGUUCUUGUGAAGCUACAAGACAGUGUUGACCACUCUGGGUGUCAGUACUAUGCCACAAGAACCCUCAACCUACAAUACAUGGACAAAGGAUUAUCCAAGCAGCCUUGGGAGGUGAUGGUAUCUGGAGUGACUGGUCUACCAGUAUCUCAUCUUGGUGUACAGAGUCAGAACCAGAAUGGGAGUGUGAUUGACGAAGAUGCAGAGCUAAGCAAUGAUGGGACCAUUGAGGAUUCUUCUUCGUUCCCAAACCAUUCCAGCUCCUUGGGAGAGACGAUAAGCCGACCACGUCGAGUAACUCGUGCAGUCAAGCAUGAGUUAAUUGAGUCGGAAGAUGCAUCAAAUUCAACAGAAAACUGGACAAAGUUGAACAAUGACUCAUUGCCAUUUCCUGUGGCCAUUGAGUCAGCACUUGUCAACCAGGAGACAAGGGCUCUUGAUGUACUCAAUCAAACAAACAACAUGAACGAUGACCAGCUUCAGCAGCAUAUCUAUAUUUAUGCAAACACUCAAGGGCCAGUCAAAGAGCAGGGCCAUGAUGCAGAUCGAGACGAUAUGGAAGAUCCAGGGGACUCGCCAAUUCUUAAUUUUGUACCCUCAUUGAACUACAAGUGUACAUUGUGCCAGAAACCGUUUGAUACAGUAGCAAAGCUUGUAAAGCAUGCAAAGUCAAGUCAUCCUGGUGAUGAGACCAUGCGAUAUCACUGUGUCCUCUGUAAUAGGGAGUACAAACAUGCCCGUCAUUUAGAUCAACACACAGACUUACACAACAAAGCAAGCUAUCGAUGUGCCACAUGCUGUAAAGGAUUCUACCGUAGCUCCACGCUGAGAGAACACGAGUUACGCGACCACCAGGGGCGGUACAGAUACUACUGCCCUAAAUGCCACAAGGGCUUUAUGCGUCCAAGCACAAUGCAGGCUCAUUUAAGCCGAAGUCAUCCUUUGUGGUUUGCUAGUAAACGAGUCAACCCCAUAUCGAUUUCUAAAUCUGCUGCAAUGCAAGGCAUAUCGGUUUUGAAUAUUGUGCCCAAUACUGAUGGGGAAGGAACGAGUGGUCAGGUCUCAGAGACGAUUAGUGAAGGAGAAAUACAAGGAAGCUUGAUCCAAGGAGAUCAAAAUAAUGAUGGAACAACUAACGCAUCCAACAUCCAAGUUGUCAUCACCAAUGAUGCCCCCAAACAAACCCAGAAGAAGAUGAUGAAAGUCGUCUACCAGUGUAAAGAGUGUGGGCAGAUGUACGACAUGGCUAACUCAUUGGUACGUCACAUCCAAGAUCAACACAGUAAAAUUAAACUCCGCUGCAACCUAUGCACUUAUCGAACCAGCCGAAAGUCCGAUUUGGCUCGCCACAAAAGGGCCAGACAUCCAGUGGCGAUUGCACCCGCUAGAGCACCCCAGGCAAUUAUUCAAACAGCAGUGUUACCACAAACUGUGGUUGUGUCCCAGCCAAGCGAACCUGACAAGUCGUAAUAUCAAAACUAAUGGCAUGACUCGCAUGUAUGAUAUCAGAGCUAUCAAUUUUGUACAUACUCAUAAUCUAUUGGUUGUCUUUAUUUUUUCUAUGCUGCAAGGGACGGUAAAAGCGUGCAUUAACAGCGUGGGGAUAGAAACAUAUAUUCGUUUGUAAUGUUUAUUUCUUGGACACAAUCUCUCUUGCGCUUAUUUGUGGAUGUUCAGCCAUGAUCAUGUUUUAAAUAUAAAUGGAAUGCAAUUAGCCCUUGGGUUAUUUAUAACUUCCAUCAUCAUACCUGUGUUCAACUUCUAUGCUGCUACCAGCUAACUACUGUGUAAUGGCGUCCUGUAAAAGCAUGUUAUUACACCGUCAGUAAGCACAUUAUCCGAUAAUAAAUAGAGCCAUGGAAUGGGGCCUUAUUUAUUUGUUGUGAAAUGUUUUUUACAAAUGGUUUCUUAACGCAGUGAAGAGAGAGAUUACUUUCCCAACUUUCAGCCAGUGACUGAGUCCAAAAUGAAUCUCCGGGUACCCGCAUAUUUUUGGGAACUAAAGCACCAAUACAAUGUGUAGGUGUAUAAAGGGAACCAGACAGUGGUCAGGUGGGAGGAUAAUUGUUCUGGUUUGGAUAAUUCAUUCUGCACAAACAAAAUUAUGCUCAGCACAAAGAGGCAACCAGUCUAAACACCCUUUCAAAUGUACCAUUUGUGAUUGGUAUGCUGCUCAUUUUUGCUAAGCAGAACAUUUUAAAGCAUUAUUCCCUGCUUAAGUAGCUCUAUGAAAUAGGAAUUUUGAAAUAAAUAGAGUGCAGAUAAAAAGUAAAUGUGUUCGUUCAGCACUUCAUCGGUAAACAUAUAUAAUUUAAUUCUCUAGUCCUGCGUUUAGUUCAAGAACAAUAUAGGGCAUACCAGACAAUGAUUUUUAUGUAUAGAAAUUAAUUAUUGGGUGAUUUGUAAGUCAAAAUGUGUAUGAAUUAGGUUUUUGUAAGAAUGGUGUAGAUAAUAUUAUUAGUAAUCAAGGUAACAUAAAAUUUGUUCGAAUUUAAAGUAGUUUAUUUUAAUCAUAUUUUACUUGAUUUCCUUUUCAGAGGCGCUUUAUUUAUAUUUGUUAGUUGCUAGUAGAACUUCAAAGAGUAGAUCAUUUCCAGAUUUUCAAUCAACGUUUUACACACUAUUCAACAGGUCAGAUGUGUUAGUCAGUUGAGUGGAAACAACAAAAAACACAAUAAAAUGUGGCCUUGAUUAGAUCAGAUGUCAAUUAUACUGCAGGAGGAUACAAAAAAACAAUUAAUGUUAUCAAAUGAAAGCACAGUGGGCACUCAUUUCUAGAAAUGAUUUUUGUUUUCAAUUUUAUUAGUUUUGUAAAGCUUAUAAUUUUAGUUUGUACAGUUUUGAUUUUCUUUUUCAAAAUGUAUGAUUUGUAAAAGAUAUAAUAUAGUUAUCAACAUUGUAAUUACCAAUCUUACAUUGCGUGUUAAACAAGGAGCUCGAGAAAUUUAACAACAAAUAAUGAAAGAUGGCAUCCUUUUUGAGGGUAAACAUAUUUUUGGUUUUAAUAGAUAGAUUAGCAUUUAAUCAAUGUACAUGUAAACAGUAAACACAUUUAGUUGGAGUUUAUCUUUGACACAUGAUCACCUAUGAACUGUCAUGAGGUUAAUGUUUUAAUUCUAUUGUUCAUUAGAUUGACUCAAUUUCAUCUUGCACUUUACUGAUAUUUACAUCAAGGCAAUCGAGACCAUCGAGGCAAUUGUAGUUUUUUUUGGAAGGUUAAUUAGUUGGAAAUUUGCUGUGGUCUUUUAUCUAUUUUUUGUUGUGUUCCUGUGUUUGCUCUACAAACUAACUGCCCCUCGAGGGGCCCUCCCCAAAUUCAUCGUAAGAGACAACUUGUCAAACAAACUCUCACGGUAAGCAGGCAAGCAAGUACACGUAUAGAAAUUGUUCUGUGGCUCCCCAAAUUCAUCGUAAGAGACAACUUGUCAAACAAACUCUCACGGUAAGCAGGCAAGCAAGUACACGUAUAGAAAUUGUUCUGUGGCUCCCCAAAUUCAUCGUAAGAGACAACUUGUCAAACAAACUCUCACGGUAAGCAGGCAAGCAAGUACACGUAUAGAAAUUGUUCUGUGGCUCCCCAAAUUCAUCGUAAGAGACAACUUGUCAAACAAACUCUCACGGUAAGCAGGCAAGCAAGUACACGUAUAGAAAUUGUUCUGUGGCACCCUUAUUUUCUGUUAUAAAAGGAACUAUUACACCAUUGCAUUUUUUGUUAUGGCAAACAUGACAAAUGAGGCUACAAGGCCCUUUUGUUGUUGUAAAGCACAUUAAACAUUUUCAUGUGACAAUCAUUUGUUUUUUAGUUGCAACAAUACUCGAGUUAUAGCAUGAUUAUUAUUGGUUUGGGGUUACAUGAUGUGAUAAGAUAUUAGUUUGCCAUGAGAAAGUAUUAAUGUGCAAAAUUGUCCUACUUUUUAACAACACGCCACAGAGUAGAUAGUGAAAACUGGUGGUCUACAUAAAUCAGAUAACAACUUGUCUUGUUUAUCUGCUACGUGUGGCUAAGAAUACAUGAUAGAAAACCGUGUUAUUUUUUUGACUUUAUGAUUUGUUAAUCAUGGCUUCAACGCAGUGGGAGCAAUGUGGUCAUUGUAAAAUUAAAAAAGAACUUUUCAACCAAGUACGUCACGGAUAGAUUUUACGUUCGUUACCACACAUCCCUUUAAUACCUGGAUUAUUAUUUGCAUUUCUCAACCAUGCAAUGUCUCAAAUCAGAAAUAUAGUUCUUGAUUUCCCGGAAACCUAAAAUCUAUGAUUUCAUUUGCAACUUACGAUAAUCCAUGUCAUUUUAUGUAAUCUUCUUUAUAAAGACACUGGACACUACAUGUAUUGGUAAUUGUCAAAGAUCAGUCUUCUCACUCAGUGUAUCUCAACAUAUC